GAACUGGGUUCGAUGAUUAGUUCCCAGUCGAUUGACUUACAUCUUAGACUUCGUGCCUUGUGCAAUCCGCCUCCAGUUUCUGCCAUUUUUCGGGAUGACAAUGCGUGCAAUUAUCUACAGAGGUGAAAUCUAAGACAAAUUUAAGUAUAAUGCCAGAGAAUCACCGACUCCCCCUUAUUGACGUGCUUUUAAAAGGCCUAAAACUCGCAGAUUAUCGCGAUUAUCGUCAAAUUGAAACUGGCAGAUGAGUACGAAUAAGGGGAUUCCCCGAAGCCAAGAGGGAAUCGAAAAUUUAAAGUGACUGUCAGUGGUGGGCAUGUCCUUUGUGGUGAUAAUUCACGAAUGUAUGUCACACACAGAACAGGUCCAACAAGGUAUCACACUUUGUCAUCAAAAUCAACAAUUGCUGAAAUUACUGGUCCAGACCAGUUGAUAUCAUCAAUACCUUACACUGUGUACUCUCAACUCAGUGCACUGUUGACAAGGGACCACAUAAACAUUGCAGCUAGACUGUUCAACUUGACUCUAGAAGAGGCAAUGUUGCUAAGAGACAAUGCAGACCAUGCGUGGCAAAGAAUGGAUGCAAUUUUCCAACUGAUGAAGGAACGCAACUUGAAUCUUGGCCAUCUUGUGGAAGUGUUGAUGGAAAUGAAGAGAUAUGAUGCCCUUAGUGUCCUCAUUAAAGCUGGCUAUCCUGACCAUCCAAAUCUUUAUCCAAGUGUUUCAGAGGAGGAGAGCAUUGAAGAAGUAACUGAUAACCCUACUUUGUCGAGUUCAGAAAGCAGUCCCGUGAACCCUUCACAUCUUGAAGACAGAACAAAUUCUAAAGACUGAGCUCAGCUUCAUUGUUAAUCACUAAUAGACAACUACCCUUCUUAAGUAGAAGCAAAGUUUCUCCAUCUUCAGCCUCCUUUCCAAGGCUUCUGUUGACACAACUGGAAUAUUUAUCUAUCUUAUUUAUUUCUUUUGUUUAAUUAUUGGUCACGAAAUAUGUCAUAAAAGUUUAUUUAUCAAUAUUUACAUUUUGAUUUCAGUUUUGAUUGCUAUUUAAAGACAGAUUUUGACAUUGUA